GUGUCUCCUGUGAGUGGAAGACAUUCCCUGUUCUCCCCAUAGACAUAAGUCUAUGGUUCUUAUCCCCUUAUUAGACAUUAUUUGGUCAAAGCGGUGGAACCCAACUGUCAACGGCUCUGACUUAACUAAAACGGAGAAACUCCGAAUUUGAGUUUACUGUCUAAAUAUGGAGAGUUAUGAGGUGUUCAUUCAAAGACACAUUUCCCAACUUCGACAACACAACAUCAAAUCCCCUGUGCAACAUCAAAAGUACCUGUGCAAAACUAACGAUAAGUGCAGAUCGGAAAUCACCUUCUAUGGAUGUGCAAUUCUUUCUCCACUGCUGAGUUUGGAGCAAAGAGAAGAGAUGUGCAGAUACAGAGCAAAAUGCUUGAUGAGUGAGAAGACGAUGAAUAGCCACACUAUUCGCACCAGUGUUCAGAUCAAUCCAUCUCCAACAUUAAAGGAAUUUAUAUUGGGCCAAGAAGUCAGUCUAAAUGGAAACACUAGCAGAAUCAGCAACAUCACUGAAAAUUCAGGGAAUAAACAAGAGGUUAAGAAAUAUACAUGCUCUCCAAUCCUAUCACCCACUGGACUUACUGAUGAUUGGGAAGUCGAAGAUCUCCGUUAUCCCUUUAUCUGGACUGCCUGUGAUGUUUCUGUAAUAGUGGCUUCUCAUGAAGGUAAACCUGUUCACACAAUCAGUCAGGGACCUAGUAUCAUGAACCAUGUUCAAAUGGAUAGAGAUACCUUGGAGGAAUAUGUGGAUGGCUCACAACAAGCUCACACUGACCAAACUAGUUGUCUGUCUAUAGUAUGUCCAUCAGAGGGUCCAUGGAAGCAACAGACACUUAUGCAGAGCAGAAGCACUGAGUUACAUGUGGUCUCUUCAGCAGAUGAUGAUGAUGAUGAUAGUCUUUCUGAUAAAGAGAAUGAAGAGGUCUCAAAGGAAGAUUUUAUGGGAAGGGGGGAACACAUGAGAGCCAAUAGGAAGAGGCAAGAGCAGGGGAGGGUCCCAACCCCUGAGCCAGAAAAAGGACAAUUUGAUUGCACACAGCAAAUAAUUUCAUCUGAAAAUCUGUGUGAAUCCAGAGGCUAUGGGUCAUUCCAAGUUAAUUUGAUUAAUGAUGAGCAGGUAGAAGGGUCCUUUGAGUGUGAGAAUGUGAAAGCAAAAAUGAAAAUGUCAAGCAGAUUGAAACUGGUUGGUAAUAAAAAAGACUUCACUCCAGCUUUCAGCUGUUCCCCCAGAAAAUCCUCCUGUUUUUUUAGGAAAAAGUCUUCAGGCAGAGGAACGCAAAGGCUUAGCUUCACAACAGAGACGUAUAAAAAUGUUCCUGUACCCCAGUUCAGUUUAAGUCCUGUUAAUUCUAAGAAAGGUGAUGGAGUUAAUCCUUCAAGAAAACAAGAGAUAAAUAAGUCUUUACACAAUGAAAGCAAGGGUCUGUUAAGUUGGAGUGACUCUGUUUGUUGGGGCAGUGGCAACAAGUCUGUGGUCACAAGAGACAUAACUCUAGGUAGAAGCUUCAAUCAGACACAACAGAUUGCUCAGUUGGAACUUAAUCUGUCUAGCCUCAAAACCUUGAUCUCAGACCUGGAAUCUUCUUUAUCAGAGACCCAGACAGACUCCGAAGAGUCCACAGAGGCAUUUACUUAUUCAUGCCAUGAUCAUAGUUCUCCUGUUGUAAUUAAGAAAAGCAGAGUCAAUAGAAACGCUAAUCACACAACCCACAGUUUCCUCAAACAACCAGUUAUCGUGUCAGGAUAUGAGGCAAUACCAGAAAGUGACCAUGAACUGCUACAGUUACAUCAGGCAAUCCCUCAAAAUGCUUUUCAAGUUGCCAUAGGAGAAUGCCAGAAGCCACUACUGGGUGAUGUCAGCAGCAAGUCAGAGCAAGAGAAGAAUAUACUGAAAAUGGCGGGGCCAAAAUUGGAUGUGUCAAUGAACCAGUCGUAUGAUGUGGAGUCACCAUCUGGACUGUUGCUGCAGGCUCAGAUAAGUGGAGGAAAGCAAUUCACUCAGUGUCCUGACAGUCAUGGUGUGUUUUUUCAUACCAAACGAAGGCUCAUCAUGAAAGCAGUGGACAGUAACUCUUCAGCAUCAGCUGAUCAAAGAUCUGGCAUUAUAGAAAAGUCCUCAUCCAGCACUAUCAAAGGUGCAGUCUGCAGCAAGGCAAGCAGAAAGUGAAUAAAUUGUGAGCAUGGAAACCUUC